AUGGUCCAGUUGAACUGCUCAGUUUUGGGAACAGGACCAGGAUACACAUCAGUCACCUGGUUGAGGCAAAUCGGCCAAUCAGCACCGAUCUCCAUCCUUAGCCCUACCUACAACGAGGGAUUCUCAGCCAAUGGGCCUCCCUCUUAUUACAACGGCUUCAGCUGCUACUACAUGACAGCAUCCAUGACCAACAGCAUGUCUACACUAGAGAUCAGGAGUGUGAGAGUAUCUGACUCUGGACUCUACUUCUGUGGAGCCAAACCAGGACAACACAUGAUCUACUACAACGCCACCUACCUCAAUGUCACAGGUGUAGCUCAUGUAAAUGACUCUGGGAGAGCGGGGAAGGGCGUGCCAGGUCCUUCAGAAACAGCAGGGGAUGGUGGGUUCUGCAGUGGUGUGUGUGUAUCUGUGGUUCUAGUGCUGGCCCUCCUCAGUGUUCUUCUCAAUCUGGUUCUCCUGCUGAUCAUCAUCCUCCUCAAACACAGGAGCGGACAAACACACAUCACAGUUCCUGGUGAUCAGACAUCCUCUCCAACUGAACAGGCUCGGGAAUCAGACUCUCUCACCUACGCAGCUCUGAACUUCUCCAAGAAGAAGAAGAAGCAGAGAAGGACCAACCUGCAGACUGAUGAUCCACAUGUUGUAUAUGCUGCAACUAGAUAAUCUGACA